UCUUUCGACGACCGCGACAUCACCCGACACUCUCGCCUCAACUCUGAAAUCGUGUGCGGUGUGCUACAUGAAGACUUAUCGCUCACACACGCUCACCCAUCUCAACCCCAGCAUCAGGAGACGGGCAGACUCGGUUGCACCGCCUGACCAACAUCAACAACGGCGCCCACCUGCCCCGGCAGCAGUUGAUUCCUCCACGCGCGCAACGACCAGCAGCCUGCUGAGCACCUCCCGACAUGUGCUUCCAGACGUUCAUCACCUUCCUCUGCGGCUGCACACGAAUCGAUGAGGGAGAAUGCUACCUUGCCGCCCAGCUGGACGUCAAUUUCUGGCGCAAGAUUGACUGUGCAGACUACAGCAUCGAGCAUGCAGAGGAGAAGGUACAAUGUGGCGCCGGCAUGUUCUAUUGCGGCGCUACCAGCGAUGGCCAAUUCUUUGACAAGAUCGAGAAGGGCCAUCAACAGGUCAAGGGCAAGCUCUUCGCUAUCGUGGCUGAACUCGAGAUGCGAAAGCGCAUAUUGCUCAGCAAGCGCGAUGUCUGGCUUGCUCAGGGCGCCUCUCAUGAACACAUCCUCGCCCUGAGCGAAGUGAAGGUGUUGAAUUCUUCAUUGAUAAUCGUCGAUCAGCAGAAAAAGCAAUACGAGCAUGAAUGUAACACCUGGAUGAAGGUCAAGAGUCUGGCCAAGCGGCAUUAUGACGAUCAACAGGUUCGGAAGCAGCAGGGAUAUCCACGGGGCCCUUCGUUUGAAGUCUUCCUCGCGAACUUCCACCCACAGGUGCUGGCUAAGGUCAACGAGUCUAGCGACCCAAGCGAAGUCAUUGACGGACAAGGCUUCGAAAGCGUUCGCCAGUUUCCGCUGGAGCUGCAAAUUCCCAGUGGACCGUUGCAUCAGGCGUCGUUGUUGGUUCCGUCAGCUCCUCAUAAGCAACAAAUGCCACGAGCUCCUGUCCAGAACGCCAGCGCAAUCCACCGCACCCACCCUACGGCACAAGCGAUGGUAUCUGAGCAGAUGCGGGCCCAAGCACAACAACGCGCUGUCCAGAACGCCAUCCCAGAAGUGCGAGCUCACCAGCAGAAGCUUACUAGAGCCAAGAAGCAGAAAGUGGAACCUGCCAGCUCGCCAGGGAAGUCUUCCAGCGUGGUGCGGCGAAGCAGUAGGGUAAAAGACAAGAAGAUCAACUAUCGCGAUGACAACUCGGACCUCUCAGGAUCCUUCUCACCCAUCAAGGCUAAAUCCGACUCUUCUGGCUUCUCGCCGGGCAAGUCUGACCCAGUCCAUUCGCCCGACAAGGCACGCACUGUUGGGAGGAAAGGUUCCGGACUGCUGCACGAACAUCUUAUAAGUGAGCGUAAGGUGUCUUUGGCAGACAAGAUUGGAGACUGGAGACGUCACGACAGUGGCAUUUUCUUGCCGAACAGUGCUUCUGGAGAUGGUGCACCGCAAGCGAUGAGGGGCAUGAAGCGCCAGGCGGAAGAUGAAGGAAUGACUAGUCCAGGCGGAACUCGAUUCAAACGACAGUCGAGAUCAGACCAGAGCAUGAACAAGGGCGGCGCGGUCGGAGAUGGCAUGCCACCUUUGCAGAGCCAGCAGAUGCGCGCAAGCUUCAAUCCGAUGAUGAUGCCGGAUUUUCAUGCAGCGCCCCUGAUCAAGCGCGAGUUCUCUGACACAGCUGAUCCAGUCAAGCGAUUGAACGUACUCUCCACGCCAACACAUUACAGCCAAGGUGGUCCAGUGGCAGGAAGCACCGCCGCGCCAGCACAAAACGCCAUGCCGGCUGCUUCGACGUGGUUCAACCCGCUGGCAGAGAAGAUUUCAGAUCAAGCGUCCAUUCCAGUUGCGUCCUUUGCUCAGGUCUCACCAGCAUCAGUGCACGACUUCGCCCUUCCACACAACUCUGCCAUACCACAGGAGGCAGGCUUUGCAUACGAGAGAGAUGCAGACGAAAAGCAGGUUGUGGAUUUCGGGUUGCCAUUCGACGCUGGUUCCAACAUGGCCGACAACAUCUACUCUGAUAUUGACUGGUCUCUUCUUGGUGAAGGCGACUUCUCCCUCCCGGCUUAGGCACCUGCGUCUUAUCACACCCCAGAACGAGUUCCAGCGAUAUGCAUUAUACCGCCAACAGCAUAGAGUUGUUGCCAGCAAUACGACGACACACUCACUGCGCAGU